CGCGAGAGUUGGCGUGUCCGUGAGUUCAGUGUUUUUAAAUACAAUCAAAGUGACAGCGGCAAGUUACCGCAACGCACCGACUCCCAGAACACAAGAAGUCAUUUGGUGAGAAAUAAAGAAAGAGAAGAGAUGGAUGAAGGAGGAUAUGGACAUUAGGAAGCGAGGGACCAACGCCAUCAACAGGAAGAAGGGAGCAUACGUGCUUCUACACACCUGGGACGCUGUCCUUUAAUGGGCGGAGAACAGAUGCUGUAUGGCCAGCUCGGGGAACUUUAUUUAGCAGUGUGUGAGAGGCGAGAGCUGAGUCAGCGCUCACCAGUCUGAAGGAAGUGUCUCUUUGCUUGGCUCUGAGGAUCGUCGCCAUCUUCAGGACUGAAGAACAAGCGGACGGCAGUCACCUGAGGACAAAGCGAGGGAGGUGAGGGGAGCAGUGAGCAGCAGCGGUGGCCGCGCCCGGGAAUCCUUUUUGGUGAUUUAACUCCCAAUUCCAACCCUUGAUGCUGAGUGCCAAGCAGGGAGCAGGACGCCGGGAGACAAAAUGGGGAGAGUGAACAUUUGGGUGAAAAGGAGUUUCAUCGUGGUGGCAAGUCUGAUGGUGGUCAUUGGCGCUCUGAUGUUGGCAGGCACUCUGUUCAUCCAUGGCCACUACCACCGUGAUGAGCAGAUAGAGGACAUGAUCGUGGGAAUACGCGCCGUUUACGCUAUCUCUAUCAUCGUGCUGCUCUUGCCCAUCAUUGGCUUGUAUGGCGUCUGCAAGGAGAAGAGAUGGGUCAUCAUUGUGUUCACCGUUGGAAUCAUCCUGUGCAGCCUGUUUGUGCUUUACAGUGGAAUCAACGUGCUGGUGGUGCGCCCUAUGGUGGUCCAAAACAUCACCGCGUAUUACACCAACAUGCAGCCAAUCCGCAACGCCACUGACGUCGACCUCAAGAUUCUGCACGAAACACAAAUCCAAUUGGAGUGCUGUGGAGUGCAGCAGGGCUACCAAGAGUGGGGCUCCGACAUCCCAGAGUCCUGCUUGUGCGUCGACAACUCUACCAGCUCAUGUGUGGCCGCGCCAAAGAACAGCAGCCUGUUCAAGACCACGGACACUGUGAUGAUUUAUGAAGAGUCAUGUCUCCCAAGCAUCGUGUACAACAUCGACGUGUCCGUCAACAUAGCCGUGGGCAGCUCAGCGGGGUUGAUUUUACUUUGGACGUUGUCCUGUAUGCUGAGCGUGGUCGUCUUGUGUCAACUGAAACCCAAAAAGGACACGCCCACCGUCGCUUACAGUCGAGAGGCCAAAACUGGCAACUACGCCGUCCUCACGGAACCGGCGGAGCUCCCCUGAUCAAUAUUUGAUCACUGACAAAUGUUCAAUGUGUGAUACGAAAGCUUACUUUUAACUUCACACGCAAAAUAUGAAGCUUUAUUUUUAUGUAAAGUGAUGUAGACUAUAUUGCCAAAAGUAUUUGGCCACCUGCCUCGACUCACAUAUGAACUUGAAGUGCCAUCCCAUUCCUAACCCAUAGGGUUCAAUAGGACCUUUUGCAGCUAUUACAGCUGCAACUCUUCUGGGAAGGCUGUCCACAAGGUUGUGGAGUGUGUUUAUAGGAAUUUUCGACCAUUCUUCUAAAAGCUGGCUUCCAGUCUCCAUUCUAAUGCAUUACAAGGGUGUUCUAUCGGGUUCAGGUCAGGACUCUGUGCAGGCCAGUCAAGUUCAUCCACACCAGACUCUGUCAUCCAUGUCUUUAUGGACCUUGCUUUGUGCACUGGUGCACAGUCAUGUUGGAAGAGCAAGGGGCCCCGCUCCAAACUGUUUCCCACAAGGCGGGGAGCAUGCAAUUGUCCAACAUGUUUUGGUUCAGGUCAGGACUCUGUGCAGACCAGUCAAUACCAGACUCUGUCAUCCAUGUCUUUAUGGACCUUGCUUUGUGCACAGUCAUGUUGGAAGAGGAGGGGCCCCGCUCCAAACUGUUUCCCACAAGGUUGGGAGCAUGGAAUUGUCCAACAUGUUUUGGUAUCCUGGAUAUUCAAAGUUCCUUUCACUGGAACUAAGGGGCCACGCCCAACUCCUGGAAAAACAAGCCGUACCAUAAUUCCUCCUCCACCAAAUUUCACACUCUGCACAAUGCAGUUCUCCUGGCAUUUCACGACUGGAUCUGUUGCAUCCUGUGACAGCUCCACGCUGGAAAUCACUGAGAGCGGCCCAUUCUUUCACCAAUGUUUGUAGAAACAGUCUCCAUGCCUAAGUGCUUGAUUUUACACACCAAGUGAUUGAUUUAUUUAUUGACAUCUAUUGAUUAGGACACCUGAUUCUGAUCAUUUGGAUGGGUGGCCAAAUACUUUUGGCAAUAUAGUGCAUGUUGAUACAUUUUGCAUUGUGUUGUUUCCUUUAGGAAAUUUGACAUGUCAUUGAAUCGCCUGAUUUAGUUCAUCUUUGUUUAUAUUGUUCCUUUCUUAAUAUUUUCUGGUAUUAAAAGUGUUUAUAAGUAGUUCAAUAUGUUUGGACUAUUUAAUGGUAAACUCACCAGCUGUUUAUUUCAAUAUAUUUAUUUAUUCUCAUGUCUAACAAUAGUGGUUGGACAAUAUCAGGGAAAACUUCAUUGUUUUGGAUGAUGUGU